CGAUAACUAGUCUCUAGUUGUUCUGAGCGUAGCGGACGUUGGUGAGAUUGUAUUGUGAGCGCUUUUAUAAUAUUCAGCGGUUUUAUCGGUAGUAUGUUAAAUUAAUUUCCAGAAUUUGAAUUUAUAAAAAGUUUGUUUCGAAAUAGUUAUGGCGAUGUAUGCGUUUUUCUACUGUGCUCUUUUUCUUGGGGUAUCAACUGAAUUUGUUUGGAAACACCAUAAUAAUGAGGAGUUAUCUUCGAUACUGGAAGAAGUUCACGAAAACUGCCCUAAUAUUACUAGAGUUUAUGCCUUAACAGAACCAUCAGUGAGGAAUGUACCAUUGUAUGUUAUUGAAUUUUCUGACACCCCGGGAUUUCACCAACCAUAUAAACCAGAAGUUAAAUAUGUCGGAAAUAUACAUGGUAAUGAGGUUUUGGGACGUGAAUUACUUUUGGGCCUGGCAUAUUACCUUUGUGAAGAAUAUAAUAAACACGAUCGUCGUAUAAGAAAUUUGAUUCACAACACUCGCAUACAUUUAUUGCCUUCCAUGAACCCUGAUGGCUGGCAGUUAUCAACUGACACAGGUGGUCAGGAUUUUUUGUUGGGACGUAACAACAAUCAUUCAGUGGAUUUAAACAGGAACUUCCCAGAUCUGGAUGCAAUAACAUUUGAAUUUGAAAGACAAGGCAUCAGUCACAACAAUCAUUUACUCAAAGACCUCACACGUCUUGCAGCACCACUGGAGCCGGAAACUCGAGCUGUUAUGAGAUGGAUAAUGUCCGUUCCAUUUGUACUGAGUGCAGCCAUGCAUGGUGGAGAUUUGGUAGCAAACUAUCCUUAUGAUGAGAGCAGAAGUGGAGCUCCUGUGUCUGAAUAUUCAGCCAGUCCGGAUGAUGAGACUUUUAGGGAGUUAGCUAUGACAUAUGCCGAAGCUCAUGCAGAUAUGGCAUCUGCUAAUAGACCAGGCUGUCGUUUUGGGGAUGAAACUAAUGCAUACAACUUUGGAAAGCAAGGAGGUGUUACUAACGGAGCAGCCUGGUAUAGUCUGAGAGGAGGAAUGCAGGAUUUUAAUUAUCUAGCGACGAAUGCUUUCGAAGUGACUCUAGAGCUGGGAUGCCAGAAGUAUCCUUACGAGAAAGACCUGGAAAAGGAGUGGUUUCGUAACAAGGACGCGUUGUUAGCUUAUAUAUGGAAAGCCCAUACUGGCAUCAAGGGUAUUGUGAAAGAUGACUCCGGCUUCAUACAAAACGCUGUGAUAUCCGUCGUCAACAUAACUGGAUCUGUACCACGGCCGAUAAGACACGACAUUACCAGCGGUAUAUACGGUGAUUACUACCGACUCCUGACCCCUGGUCACUACGAGGUGACCGCGAGUCACCCCGGGUACUUCCCCGUGUCACGCGUCGUCACCGUCCCCACACACCAGACGUCGGCCAGGAUACUCAACUUCAAGCUGGAGCCUACAACGAGCUGGUUCGAUGAUUAUACUUUCGGCGUAUACCCUCACGGUCUGAGAGACGGCCAGCCGAGGAUUUACAAGCGAUCGCUCUACCACAAAGUCGCCAACGCCAUGCUGGAUAAGACGCACUGAAUAUGGAACGAGAACACACAAACAGACACACACACACACACAUAACAUUUGUAAUUUAUUUUAUAUUAUGUAACAAUAACUCUAUCAUCUUUAGAUUGAAACCAAUAUACAGAGUAUAAAUAAAUAAUUAGUUAAAAAUAUUCCAAAUUCAAAAUGCGUGUUAUCGAAAUAGGUUUUUCAAAUACGCGUUCUAUUUGUAAUUAAAUACCAAAUGCGUUAUAGAAAAAGUAUCUCGACUGUAUAAUAAUAGGUGUUUUGUGUUUAAAGUCAUUCACAUCCUUGGUAAUAAAUAGAUCUGUGUAUGCUUAACACGAGUUUGCAUCGCUACAUACGAAGCGUUUCGCGUUUCUGAUUCAAAAAUAAUUAUAACUUUAACACGUUUGUAGUGCGUCGAGUCAAACUUGUGGUAGCGUAUUUAUGUGCCAUAUCAGUGUAAUAAGUUUCUGUGAGAUCUAUAUUUAGAUCGUCCAUUAAGUGUAUGUUUGUUUGUGACAUCCAUACGCUAGAACUGUAGAUCAAUUUUAUAUGAAGUUACCAGUUUUAUAAUUAAAUUAUUUGUAAAUAAAUGAUUUCGAUCUUAUUCAUAUUAAAGGUAAUUAUCUUGAGUUAGUUGUUUUUAAGGCAAUAAAUAAUGUUUUUGGUGCUCUAUGAUUUGAUUGAAUAACUAUGUAUCUGUGUUUUGAGAUAUUUUGCAAAAAGUUAUGAAAAUGUCAAUACUUUCCUUGCAUGCCUAUUGAUUUAUUUUUACUUUUCUAUCAAAAUAAUUCCACUGAAUGGAUUUUUUUUUUAGUCGUGAGUUUUUUUAUUAAGGCCAAGUCAGGCUAAAAGUCAUAAGGGGAAGUUCUACAUCUUAAAAGCCCAUGAAUAAUAAAAAUGUUUUCUCAAAUAAAACAAUUAUAUAAUAUAUAAUUAUAGUUCAUAUUAGUCACUCUGUGUAUGACACUUCUAAUAAAUAAUGCGCAAUUC